AUGGCCAAGGAUAGAGCAUUCCUCUGCUCUCAUUUCGGUCUCUGCCAUGCUAGGGCUUCAGCCCCGCAAGGGUACCCAGAUGACACGGUAUCUCGCGGGCUCGAUGAGACUCUUCAACUAGUAAAUGUCAGUCUGGAACUCUGCCCCCUCGAACGCGCAAUUGCACAACUUAACGCCUCCGCUUUGGCAAGAAUGGCCCACAUCGCCUCUGGGCCAAUACCAGGACAAGCGAAGGACAUUAAUGCUAAGCUGAAAGACUUCAGCCGUGCGUUUGUGUCGCAAGGGGAUCUGCUGGGGAGGGACUUCCAUAAACAUGUUCUCUUUGCACUGGGGAUUGAGUCGCUAUAUGGGGCUGCCAUAUGGCCCGGAAUUUCCGACGUAGUUGCCUUUGGAAACCUCACCUUGGCCCAGGAAUGGUGGAUCAAAAUCUGCGAAUGCAGUUGA